AUGCCAACGCAACCAAGACACGGUCCAGGCUCACUGAAGUAAAAGUCCUCGUCUUCAGCAAGUGACGUCACCCAUCAGCAUGGCCGUCAAGGUGCAGGCAAUGCAGAGAGCGGAUCCCCAUAGUUUAAAGGCAAUCUUUCUGAAGUAUGCCAGCGUGGUGGAGGAUGGGGACCAUUACAUGACCCCCAGGGACUUUGUGCAGAACUACCUGUCGUUGCACACGCGGCCCCAGUACAACCCCAGGACGGUGAGCCUCCUGGCUGGCGUGGCCGACACCACCAAAGACGGACUGAUCUCUUUCCAGGAGUUUCAGGCCUUUGAGUCGGUUCUGUGUUCCCCGGAUGCCCUUUACCUCGUGGCCUUCCAGCUGUUUGACAAGACGGGCACUGGGAGCAUCUCCUUCGAGAAUGUGCGCGACAUCUUCAGCCAGACCACGGUGCACCACCACAUCCCGUUCAACUGGGACUGUGAGUUCAUCCGGCUGCACUUUGGCCACGAGAGGAAGAGGCUCCUCAGUUAUCCCGAGUUCACCCAGUUCCUGCAGGUGAGUCGCCGGCUCUCGUUCACGGAGAACGAUCAGAGCCCGGUGCUAACGUGGUACGAGCUCAUCACUGGCUGGUAA